GCGUUCUUUUCGAGUUUUAUUGGCGAACUCGGCACAUUUUGUGCUUUCGAAAUGGAGAAGAAGCGAAAUGCAAUGAGUGAUGUUGAGCGUGCUCAACUGGCUCGUAAAUUGGAUGAAGACCUUGAUUUAUUCAUCGAGGAAUUGGCCAAAAAUAAAGUCUUUCUUAUUAAGAAGGAAAAAGAAGAUGUUGACAAAAAAGAAUUCGAUUUUGAUGACUGGUGCAAAGAUAUAGAUCAGCAUCCAGCAUUUAUGACUGAUCUGAAGUUUAAUGAGAAUGGAGAAUAUUCUGAAGCUGUCCAAGCCUUACAGGCAUUAAAAUAUGAUGAGGAUGAAAGUGAAGACAAGAUUGUAUUGGCGCAACAAUAUAAAGAUGAAGGCAAUAAACAUUUCGAGCAUAAGAAAUAUCGAUGGGCGAAAGAUUGUUAUAGUAAUGGAAUCAAUUUAUCAUGUAGCGAUCGUCCAAUCAAUUCAAUUCUUUUCUCAAAUCGCGCUGCUGCUGAGAAGUAUUUAGGGAAUUAUAGGUCGGCAAUCAGAGACUGUGCUUUUGCUCUCCGUUUUGAUCCACAAAAUCACAAGAAUGCUGAUGAUAAGUUAUCAUUCUUAUAUUUAAUGGUUACUAUGAAACAAAGGGAAGAAUAUAUAAAUAGGAUAAAUGGCUUGAAAAUAGAGGCAAAAAAUUGGGCUUUAAUAGAAGACCGCGAUUCAAGAAAGCUAAAGGCCAAAAUGAAGGAAGAAAACAUUGCAAAAUCUAAAUUAUUGGUCGCAUUGGCAUCUAGAGGCGUUAAUUUAUCUCCAAAAAUUGAUUUUAGUGAUGUCCAAUCUUUCGAAUGGUCUCACUUAGAAAUCAAACUUCCUGCUGUCGAAAUGCCACAGAGAGUUUAUGUGGAUGAUUCAAAUAUUUUAUACUGGCCCAUACUUAUUGUUUAUCCGGAGUUCUCGUUCACUGAUCUGUUAACUGAUUGCUGUGAAGAGGCAAUAUUGGCUGAUGUUAUUAGUCCCGUAUUUAAGGAAUCUGAUGAAAGACGUUUGCCCAGCUUUAACGUUGCCGAUGUUCAUUUUUUUCUAUCGUUAACUUUUCCUGAAGGUGAUAUAGUUGAAGUUUUCCCAACGGCAACCAUAUUAGAAAUAUUGAGGACGAAAGAUUUUGUUAUUAAGCAAGGAUUGCCUACGAUUUAUGUAAUUUUUUGCUUGGUUUCUCUCAUGAAUAAUUAG